AUGGGGAAGCUGGACAGCUGGCAAAGAAGGGAAUCAGUGACAUUCAAGGAUGUGUCUGUGGAUUUCACCCAGGAGGAGUGGGGCCACUUGGCCCCUUCUCAGAAGAAGCUAUACUGGGAGGUGAUGCUCGAGAACUAUAAGAACCUGGUCAGCCUGGGCCUGGCCAUUUACAAGCCAGAUGUGGUCUGCCAGUUGGAGAGAGGGGAAGCCCCUUGGAUGCCAGAGGGAGAUGUCCCCCAGAGCAGCUGUGCAGAUUGGGAAGCAACUGAACCCAAGAAGUCCACUCCAAAGCUUGGUCCUUCAAUGGAAGAAUCUUCUCCUGAACAGCUCACAAGGAAUUAUUCCUGUGUCUCUAAGUGGGGAGAAGCUUUAGAACUUGAUAUCAUGUUAAAAAGGAAGAAGCGUGAUGAGAUACAGUCUAGAAUUCAUACUGGAGAGAAACCCCCCAAAUGUGAUGAAUAUGGGAAGGUUUUGCUCAAAGGCUCACAACUUAUUAUACAUCAUAGAAUAUAUACUGGAGAAAAACCUCAUGAAUGUAAUGAAUGUAGGAAGGCCUUCAGCCAGAGGUCAUACCUUGUUGUACAUCAGAGAAUUCAUACUGGAGAGAAACCUCAUGAAUGUAAAGAAUGUGGGAAGGCCUUCAGAUGGAGCACAGGACUUAUUAGACAUCAGACUACUCAUACUGGAGAAAGACCUUAUAAAUGUAAUGAAUGUGGGAAGGCUUUCAGCCAGAGCUCACAACGUACCCGACAUCAGAGAAUUCAUACUGGAGAGAAACCUUAUGAAUGUAACGACUGUGGGAAGGCCUUUAGUCAGAGCUCACAACUUAUUCAACAUCAGAGAAUUCAUACCGGAGAGAAACCUUAUGAAUGUAAUGAAUGUGGGAAGGCCUUCAGCCAGAGGUUCAAACUUAUUGUACAUCAGAAAAUCCAUACUGGAGAGAAAACUUAUGAAUGCAAUGGAUGUGGGAAGGCGUUCAGCUGGCGUUCACAACUUACUCAGCAUCAGAGAAUUCAUACUGGGGAGAAACCUUAUAAAUGUAAUGAAUGUGGGAAGGCCUUUAGUGUAAGCACAGGUCUCACAGUACAUCAGAGAAUUCACACUGGAGAGAAACCCUAUAAAUGUAAUGACUGUGGGAAGACCUUCCGUCAGAGCUCUCAACUUAUUGUUCAUCAGAGGAUUCAUACUGGGGAGAAACCUUAUGAAUGUAAUGCAUGUGGAAAGGCCUUCAGACGGAGUUCAGAACUCAUUCUACAUGAGAGAAUUCAUACUGGAGAGAAACCAUAUGAAUGUAAUGAGUGUGGGAAGGCCUUCAGACAAAGACCUGGACUUAUUGAACAUCAGAGGAUUCAUACUGGUGAGAAACCUUAUGAAUGUAAUGAGUGUGGGAAGGCCUUCAGUCAGAGGUCAAAACUUACUCUUCAUCAGAGAAUUCAUACUGGGGAAAAAUCCUAUGCAUGUAAAGAAUGUGGGGAGGCUUUCAUCCAGAGCUCACAACUUACUCGUCAUCAGAGAAUUCAUACUGGAGAAAAACCUUAUGCAUGUAAUGAAUGUGGGAAGGCAUUCCCUUGGAUAACACAUCUUACAUUACAUCAGAGAAUUCACACUGGAGAGAAACCUUAUAAAUGUAAAGAAUGUGGGAAGGCUUUUCGAAGGAGCACAGGACUUACUGAUCAUCAGAGAAUUCAUACUGGUGAGAAACCUUUUGAAUGUAAUGAAUGUGGGAAAGCCUUCAGACGGAGCACAGGACUCACAGAUCAUCAGAGAAUUCACACUGGAAAGAAACCUUAUAAAUGUAAUGAAUGUGGGAAGGCUUUCAAUCGGAUCCCAGAUCUUAUUCGACAUCAGAGAAUUCAUACUGGAGAGAAACCUUUUGAAUGUAAUGAAUGUAGGAAGGCCUUUACGCAAAUCACAGAUCUUACUCGACAUCAGAGAAUUCAUACUGGUGAGAAACCUUAUGAAUGUAAUGAAUGUGGGAAGGCUUUCCAUGGGAGUUCUCAACUUACUAGACAUCAGAGAGUUCAUGUUGGAGAGACACUUUAUGAAUCCCAUGAAUGUGGAAAGGUAUUUCAUGAGAAUGAACUAUGCAUAAGAGAAUUUGUAAUGAAGAAAAACCUCACAAAUGCCGCAAGUGUGGCAAGACCUUCAACCAAAACUUAGAACUUAUUCUGCAUCAGAAAAUUCAUACUGGAAAAAAACCUUAUGAUUGCAAUGAAUGUGGGAAGGCUUUUAGUCAGUUCACAAGAUUUACUCAACAUCAGAGAAUUCAUAAUGGAGAGAAACCUUAUGAAUGUAAUGAGUAUAGAAAGGCUUUUUGUGGCAGUUCAUAGCUUUCUUGACAUCAGAGAAUUCAUACUGGGAAGAAACCUUAUGAAUGCAGAUAAUGUGAGAAGACCCUUUGUCAGAGUGUACAAUUUAAUCAACAUCACAUAAUUCCUAUUGGAGAGUAGCCUUUGACUGGUUAAGCCUUGAUGAAGGAAAUGAAUAAGAAAGAUUUUAUCCAGAGUGUGUACUGAAAUUUAGAGAAAUUGAACUAAAGAGAAACCCUGUAGAUGAAAGAACUCCAUGCAUAAUUUCCCACAAUGGCUUUUCCUUCUUUCCUUAAGUUCCUAGCCACUCCCCUUCUAUCUCACGUUGAAGCUUAUAAUUGUUCAUUAAGAAUAUUGUGGCACUUUCACCAGAGCUUCCUCUUUCAAACUCCCUUUUAACAUUCUCAGAAAUCAUUACCCACUUUCUUCCAGUCCCAGAGGAAGGACUGUUCUUCCUCCUUUAAGUUAUAAAUCUUCUGCCUUUCCUGCUUUACCCAGUCCCUUUCUGCCUAUCUAGGAUCUAGCUCAAGCAGCCAUUUCCUUUUAUGCAUCUUCAAUCUACCUUCCUCUACACAUGCUUAGGUCUCAUCAGCACUCUUCUCUCACAUACCACUCAAGGCCACUAGCCCUCAAGGGCUAUCUGUAGUUCUCCUUGCUUUCCCGUCCCUGAAUCUCCUUUUUCCUGAAAAAUUCCAGAGAUUUCAUGUUUUCCUUUACUCCUUUCCUUUCAAUUUGACAUUUGAUGCUGUUACACCUUUCCUCCCAUCCCCUCCAUGCUUUCUUUCUCCUUCUCAGGACUCAGGCUUGGUUUUUUUCCCUCAUAUCUUUAUCUUUUCUCUUCCUUAGGGUUUGCCCUUUUCCAACCUUUUAAAUUGAGUGUUACUAAUGGUUUUGCCCUUGGCCUUUCCCCCCUUCUCUCCCCACUUUUGAAAAUCUUUUAAAACCUUGAUAGAACUAAGGUGUUAUUUACGACAACAUCUCAUACAAAGUUAAAAUAAAAACAUCAGAAAGUAGGAGUCUGGGAAAAGAAAGGAUUAGUUGAGUUUGAGCCACAGUUUCAUUCUGCAGAAUAGCACAUUUACUUUUAGAGGAUAUUUUGGUAGAAUCAGAAAAACUAUACACUGAUUGCAAUAAUGUAAAUAAGGAGAAAAAUUAAUUAAAUCUGAAACUUGUAAAAUCAUAAUGACCAAGCUUGGCCCUAAAGAAGAAAUAUGAGGAUGCGCCUCCCCCCUUCCCUCUGAAACAGUUCCAUAUACUAGUUAUUGUAAGAGAUGGUUGUCUGGGUAGAGGAAAGGCUCUAUUGAGAAUAAAAUAGUGAUGUAAAAUUGAAAAAAUA